UAUCAAAGUACCAUUACACGAUGCCUGCUCCGUUGAUUUUCAUAACUGGUGCUACUGGCUUUAUUGGCAGUGCUACCGCUGUUGAAGCCCUCAAGUCCGGAUAUCGACUUCGAAUUGGCGUUCGCAAGAAGUCAGAGAAACUUGAAUCAUUGUUGGCAGACUAUCGCGACCGAGUGGAAUUCGUCAUCAUCCCAGAUCUCACCGAGGAGGCUGCCUUCCGAGGAAAGCUGGAUGGAGUGGACUAUGUCCUCCAUCUUGCAUCGCCGCUUGCCAACGGCACAGACAAAGAAGCUUUCUUCCCCCCGGCGGUGAAAGGGACCUUGGCUGUACUCAAAGAAGCAACCAAGGUGCCAAGCAUCAAGAAGAUUGUGAUCACUUCGUCUAUCGCUGCCCUGAUUCCUAUCACCGGCAUACCUGAAGGCGGUGUCAUAAAAGAGGACAAUGACUGGGAUUUCGAUGUCGACCCAGAGGCUGAUUUCGUGGAUCCUAGCAAUCCCGGUGCAACACCCAUGACUCUCUACCGUGCAUCCAAAUUGCUUGCAAAUAAUGCGACGUGGGACUUUUGGAAGAAAGAGAACCCCCAUUACUCACUGGUGACUCUUCAUCCGGCAUUUGUCUUUGGGCACAAUCUUAUGCAAGCUGCCGCCAAUGAAACUUUAGGAUCCAAUGGAAUCAUCUGGGGUAGUGUGAUGGGAGGUGUCCCACUUGGAGGCAUCACGGGUGUGCAUAUUCAAGAUGUUGCUGAGGCACAUAUCAAGUCGUUGAAUCCGAAGAUUCAAAACGGUUCGAAAUAUCUGAUCUCGGGGCCGCAAACAACAUGGAAAGAGGUGGCCCGUAUUGCACACGAGUUCUACCCCAAUGUUGGUGUGAAGCUUACAGAGAGCGCUGAGGGUGGUUCUAUGCCUACUGAUACCACCAAAGCCGAAGUUGAACUAGGAAUGAAAUGGCGGCCGUGGGAGGAGAUGGUGCGGAGUGUAAUGGACCAGCAAUUGGGCUUCCUUUCGGGUUGAGCUAUAUUUAGUUAUUGCUUAACUAGAUCUCUACUAAAAGAUCUAAGAAUAGUACAGGCUGAGAAGUAUUCACAAUGAACAAGUUGAGCAUUCUGCUGUUGUUGAUUUCGGGUGUGUAGAUACUGGGUCAUUCUUGCGGAGAUUUGAGGGGUCAUCCAGUUUCAUCAAUCAAGGCAGGAAAGCCGGCGUGAAGAAUCAGCCUGAGAGCGUUAGCAAAACAUUUUUAAGCCAG